AUGGCCAGCGCCAAGACAGGGAUGCGCAGGGAGCGAGGACCUUUUUCCGGUUUCACUCCACGAGUUCCUUCCGGUGGCCCCGCGCUGCACGCCGGGAAGUGUAGUCCUCCCGCGCGCGCGCGGCAUGCCGGGAAACGUAGUCCCGCGCGGGUGUCCCUCCAGCCGGCCAGCAGAGGGUGCUCUGGUCUGAGCUGCGUGGAGGCGUCGUCGGGGCGUCGGGCGGCCACCAAGCUGCAACCCGUCGGGCGUCGCCCGGCGCCCCAUUGCAACUGUGUAGCGACUUCUCGGGCGUUGGCGCCCUUUGCAAUCGACAUGCCUCGGAAGUCCCCGGAUCUGUUGCAGGGCCUGCGAGGCGUGCCCGGCGUUGGGGGGCUGGGGGUCGGGCGAGAUGCACGGGGAGACACGAGCGGAGUCGCGCGCACAGAGACGUGCGGGGCACAGGGCGUUUCUUUCGGGCCUGGGGGAGUGCGGGUGCCGCUCCCAGAGCCCCCGGGGCUGAACUGGCUUUGGAAUCAGUGCAGCAAGGAGGGCGUGCCGGGGGCUGGGGCCUGGGGCCUGGGGGACGCCCGGCGCGUGCAGGCCUUGCAGCGGCCCGUCGGGGGAGGGCCCCAGGUGGAAACGUUCAGUCCAGAAACUGAGCUCUGGAUUCUGCUCAGAAGGGAGAGCAGGCUUAGGCACAGUGAGGGUCUAGCAGAACCCGCUGAGUGCGAGUCCCAGGACUCCGGGUACUGGCUGCAGGGUGCAAAAAGAGUUACCCUUUGGGCCUUGGACCUGACUCCCAUUCGGAAGACUUUCGGACAACCACAGCCAACACCCACACCUAGCAGGAUGGCUUCAGAUGGAGUAGCUCCAGGACAGGGACAGGACAUGGCUGUGAACGCUGGCUCUGCCCUGAUCCCUUUCACCUCGCUCCCUUUGCCCUCGCCAACACCUGGCCCUUCAUAUCAGCCGCACUGGGAGCUCCAGCAGCCCCCCAGGCCUGCAGUCUUCUCUUCCAUCAACUCCCUGGUGCUCGCCACUCUCCCCAGCCCACUGCUGGUGUCUGGGGACGGUAGCCAGGGUCCCAGGGCGGCUAGCAUUGGCAAGGUCAUCAUCAAAGUCAAGACCGAAGGGGCCGAGUCCUCCGAGACCCAGAGCUUUGUCCUUUCUCAGACCUACCUCAACUGGAUCCCCUCAGGGGCUUCCUGUGGGCACCCCGAGAACCCCUCCCCUCAAGUCCUGUCAGAGUCCAACGUGAGAGCCCUGUUACCCGCUGAGGCCUUGGGAGCGAGCCAGGAGGGCCUUCCAGCCUUUCCCCCUCAGGCCCUGCCACCCACCGCCCAACUGGUGCCCAUCGUGCCCCCACAAAAGUCUUGCCUCGGGGCUCACGGGUUGUCUGCCAAAGGAAGUUCUGAGGUGGCCCCCUCCAAGACCUCCCUCGGUGACCUGUCCUACGCCUCCAAGGGUGUCUACGAGAACUUUCGCCGCUGGCAGUGCUACAAGGCCUUGGCUCGGAGGCACUUGUCUCAAAGUCCUGAUGCAGAAGCCCUUUCCUGCUUCCUCAUCCCGGUGCUCCGAUCCCUGGCCCGGCUGAAGCCCACCAUGACCCUGGAGGAGGGGUUGCCUCGGGCAGUGCAAGAGUGGGACCACACCAGCAACUAUGACCGCAUGAUCUUCUAUGAGAUGGCUGAAAAGUUCAUGGAAUUUGAGGCAGAAGAGGAGAUACAGGUUCAGAACACGAAGCUGCUAAGUGGCUCCCAGGCCUUGCCUCCCAGUGCUCCUGACACACUCAAUCCUCCAGGGGCCGCCACCGCUGAGGUUUGCCAGCAGCCAGUGUACAUUCCUAAGAAGUCCGCGUCCAAGUCUCGGGCCCCCCGCCGACGUCAGCGUAAAAGCCAGAGGCCUCCAGUGACAGAUGUGCCCAAGGAGAUCCCCCCAGAAGCUGUGAAAGAGUAUGUGGACAUCAUGGAAAGCCUGAUGAAGCGUCAGCCUGCGGCAGGGGAAGCAGAUGGAAAACAGGAGAAGGAAGAGCAGCAACAGGAUGAAUUCAUGUACCCGGAUCCUGAGCUACUGAACUACAUCGAUGAACUGUGUUCCCAGGAGGUGUUUGUCUCCAAGGUGGAGGCUGUCAUCCACCCUCAGUUUCUGGCCGAUAUGCUGUCCUCAGAACAAAAAGAUCCCUUGGCUUUGAUGGAGGAGCUGGAACAAGAGGAAACACUCAGUUUUGCCCAGCUAGUGGAGAAGCGGCUCCGGGCCUUGGAAGAGGAGGCGGAGGCACCUCCGAGUUGCAGUGGGCUUCAGUGGGAAUCCAGCCCAUCCGUUUCCGAUGAGGAUGAAGAGGGGGGAGGGCGGCUUCGACCUCUGUCUGGGGCCCGGGGGGCUGAGGGGACCCCUCGCCAUGGGAAGGCUGCUUCUCUAGACAGGCUCACCAGAGAAGGCCGCCAUGUUGGGCAGGACGGGCCUCACCAGGAAGAGGGCACUCUGCCGCCGACCCCCAGUGGUCGGGACCUUCAGCUAGGACUUGCAGGUCAACAGGGAACAGAGCAAAGGGGGUCCCCAGGGCAGGAUGACCACCUGGUGGGUGCUGGCCCCCCUGAGCCCUCCCUGGCCUCCGACAGGCCCUCGGAGAUGCUGCCCCCGUGCUGGCAAAAAGACCCCCCACUCAGCCUGGAGCCCUGCCUGAGCCCCUUGCAGGGUGAGGGGGUGGGGUCCCAGGUGCUGCAGCAGCAGGUGGGGGUCCCUGGGGUGCUCCCACCAGAGGAGCUGUUGGGGGAGGCUCAAGAGGUCUCUUCAGGAGUCCUGUGGGAAGAGGACAGAGUAUCCCCCCUAUUUCAGAGUUUUCACCAGGAUCCUGUCCCCAGUGUAGACCCUGAUACUCAGGUCGCCCUCAGCCCGGAGCUCUGGCUGGGCAGUGAGAUGGAAGUCAUCAGCCUGGAACUGCCCCUCCAGGUGGACGAGGUCAUAGACAGCUUCCAGGAUGGGGACUGUGCCUUGGGGUCCCCGGGAGGCUACCUGCUGUUGGGGUCGGGAAGCAAUAGUUCUCUGGAUGCCCGGGCGACAGCAGUGGCAGGGGAACUGGGGACCAGCGUGGUCCCCUGUGGAGGUACCGGGGGCCUAGAAGAUAGAAACUAUGGCUCCUUGGCCCUGCCGGCCGACAGCCUGGCUUUGAAGCCCAAGGAGCGAGAACCAAGUCCGGAGGUGCUAGGGAGCCCCAGUUCCCUGUGGGCUGACAGCUGCUGCUCCCCGCUGCUGGAGAGCUCAGUGGCUGCCUCCACGUCAGAAGUCUCCAAAGAAACUCUCCUGCCUGCCUGUCAUGGAGACAACCUUGUCCUGGAGCCCCCGGGUGCUGCCUCUUACUUGGAGGUAGGGAGCAGAAAGUGCUCCUUUGCCCGUUUGCUGGGGGCCACGGAACAACCGCUAGACAUCAGGGGUGACCCGGGCUUGCAGCUAGCAGUGCCAGGGGGUGUUGAAUCUGGCCCAGGCCACUCCAAUGCUUAUGAUCCCCAAGAAGAGGGCAGGAAAGAUGCCAAAGACCCUGCUCCCUUGCCCCAGGUGCCUGGAACCUCCAAGUCUAGCUCUUCUCCCCAAGACCUUGGAGGCCCUUCAAGUGGGGUGCAGGAGGUGUCUGUUGGGAGGGAAGUAGACAUCAAAGCUAAGGGGGUGGAGGAGGAAGAUGAGGAAGAGGAUGAGGAACUUUCCAACUUUGCCUACCUCUUGGCCUCUAAGCUCAGCCUGUCGCCGCGGGCCCUGCCUCUCAGUCCUUGCCUGGCCUCAGGCCUGGCCCCCACAGGGAAGGGGACCCCCAGAUCAUCACACAUGCUCUCUGCAGAGGCCAGAGGCUGCCAACAGCCGUACCCUCUCGCCAAAUCUAGAAAGCGGGCUCUGAACACUGGGCCUGUCCCGUCUGAAAAGAGGUCUUACCCAAGGGCUGACCUUGAAGUCUCUGGGGAGACUCCCUCAGCUCUGGUAGUGGCCCGACCCUCACAGAAACGAAAGAGAAGGCGUGAUAGUUUUGGCACCAGUAGAAGGAAGAAGCGACAUCGAAACCAGUAG